UCUCCGAUCUCUCUUUCUUGACAAACUCCAAAGUCACACAUCCAUCUAUUCAUACACUUAUAGAACCAUAUAUCUUGGAUUGUCGAGAGAUACCCUUUCCUUCGGCCCACUUCUUUGUAUUGUCCUUGAUCAAGUUAUUGCAGGGACAGUACAGGACAGCAACCCUCAAAACGAGGCAAGAUGGCGAUUCUAGACAAAGAAAGUCGGUCCCGCGGCCUGCGAGUGCCUUCCUUUGCCAAAAAAGGCUUCAAGCAAAAGUCUUCUGAAUCUCUGCCUACGAAGGAAUCCGCGCCCGUCCUGCUACCUCCGGCAGCUCCUGCUGUGACCCCCCCACGAUCCGAAGUCACUCCGGCACCUCCGCCGUUCCGAUCGCAAGAGCCUGACGAACUCCCUUCUCCUCCCACUGUACAACCCUCUGCUGGCCCGAGGUCUUUGACUGACGGCCGCAGUCAGCGCCCGCCUUACAGCCCGCCGGAUGGCCCUCUUCCUGAACCUCCGGUGUUUCGGGCUUACCGGCCGCCUAUCCCGCCGCAACCAACCCCGCCGUCCAGCGAAGAAGACCUAGAACCGGAAUCUAAUCGCCCCAGUGCGGUAGAUUCACUGGACCAUUUCAUCCCUGAGCCCGAACCUGAAUCCGAGGCGCCUGUCGAUUCUCUCUCCAGUGAAGAUGAUAGGGGCCCGUGGACGCCUCCCGACUACGAGCCGGUGGCUGUGCCUCUGAAUAAACUCCAUUACGCUUGUUACCAAGACCACCGGUCAAUGCCUCCAGCUAACAAUGCCUGGUAUGCGCUGCCCUGCAUGACGUGCCAGAAGUUUGACCACGAAGUGCGACACCGGUGUGUUUUCUGCUGUCUGCGCAUAUGCGGAGGAUGCUAUCAGGCCUUGCAGAAAUGCCCUAACCGGUCGUUGGCGCAAUUGAUGAGGUCGCUCCCUUCUUCUCAAUGAUGAUUCCAAUGACGUUCGUAAUACUGCUUCUCUCACUGUAUACGGUCAGACAAGAGUAUGGUCGAACCAAAAGGCUGUUGCUUCUCUCGAACAUUCUCUUCCUGCUUUAUAUACCUCGAUUUUUUUUUCCCAUUCUCUGUUCAUUUAUACUUCCGCAUGAAACAAGAUUCCCCUCGAGUUGCGACUAUUUGUUGCGUG